AAACUGUUUGUGCGCGAAGCUUGUUUAAUUGCGUUGUGCUUCUGACAGACAGUUCAAGUGUUCAUGUUUCUUUCUUUUUUAUUACCUGGUGAUGAGACAACAUCCACUGGGAACUUCUGUUUGACUUUUUUUUUUAAAUAAUGGGUCAAGAUUAUUAUGCUGCUUUGGAUAUAAACAGAAGUGCCACCGACGCAGACAUCAAAAAAGCUUACCGAAGACUUGCGUUGAAAUACCAUCCUCACACAAACUGUCAAACGGGUGCCUAUGAAAAGUUCAGUCAGAUUGCUGAGGCAUAUGAUGUUUUGAGUGACCUAAGGAAGAAAGCGACAUACGACAAAUUUGGGGAAGAAGGCCUAAAAGGAGGCAUUCCACCUGAGUGUGGAGGGAAUGGAGCUUGUACCACUGGGUAUUCCUAUCAUGAAAAUCCAGAAAAGGUUUUCAGGGAUUUCUUUGCUGGAGACAACCCUUUCUCAGAUUUUCAUGUUGAGGACAGGAGUGAGGUUAACAUAAGGUUUGGAGGCCUGCAUGGACGGGGGGUGAAGAAGCAAGAUCCCCCAAUUGAGAGAGAUCUGCACCUGGCUCUUGAGGACCUGUUCUUUGGUUGUACCAAGAAGAUCAAAAUAUCUCGACGGGUUAUGAAUGAAGAUGGACAUACCUCCAGUAUCAAGGACAAGAUUCUAACCAUCCAUGUAAAACCGGGCUGGAAGCAAGGGACAAGAAUAACUUUUGAAAAAGAAGGGGACCAGGGACCCAACAGUAUCCCAGCAGACAUUGUUUUCAUUGUACGGGAGAAGAGGCAUGCACGGUUUUCCCGGCAACAGGACAAUUUAAUCUACACGUCCAAUAUCUUCCUGGAGAGGGCUCUGACCGGGUUCUCUGUAGAGGUGGAGACCCUAGAUGGCAGACUGCUCAACAUUCCUAUCAACGACAUUGUGCACCCUAAAUACAGCAAAGUGGUGCCGGGUGAAGGAAUGCCCUUAUCCGACAACCCCAGCCAGAGAGGGGACCUCAUUAUCCAGUUUGACAUCCACUUCCCAGAAAAACUGUCCUCAGAGAAGAGGAGGCUGAUCAAGCAAGCCCUUUCCGUUUGACCUCUCACAUAAAAAGCAAUGUUGUAAUCUAUUAAAUCAUGAUCAUAUUUCCUUA